AUGACGGCCAUCGUAUCGCCCGAUAGUGUACGUCUUUUCUACGAGCGGCUGUUUGUUUGGAGCAUCGUUCGGCCGAACGGUGAAGACCGCUCGGAUCCCCGGCGCUCCCAAUGGCAGCGAUGCCUCGAUUCACUUUCGCUGCUAUGCGACACACAGAUUGGAGGCAAGACAGUUUCUGCCAUUGUGGUGCAGGAUCGCUCCGACAAUAGCACUGAUCAGUUAUGCUACUGGAUCGCUUGCAACGGACAUACGCGUAUCGCGGACGACUUCCUCCGCUGGCUCCUGAAAGAAUUGCACACUUUACAUUCCGCGGGAGAUCCAGAUCAAUUACGGGAGCAUAUCCUUCGCCAGGUGGUGCAAAGGUGUAAAGUACGGAUCAAAAAUUACAGCAGGACGCUCGGCAGCAUCAUCAAAGACUUAUCUAUGCAGGUGUUGAGUGAAGAAGAGAGCUCACUCUUGGUUCGACUCGGUAUCCUGCUUCCAAGAACUGAAGAUCUCGUCGAGAUAUGCAACGCUGCUUUCGGUUUCAGAUAUGAUGAUAUGAAUCAAGAGGUCAAGAGUAUCAUUGCCGCAAAGCCUGACGCAAAAUUGUGGCGAAAGAUCCGACAUUAUCUUGGCCGUCUAGGUGCUUGGCCUCGAGCCAUUAAUUUCAUGAUCCAAUACUGGCCAACGGAUGCAAGACUGAAUAAGCCAUUCACUGUUCAAGCUAUUCCGGCUCCCACAGCGUUGACUUGGGUAUAUUCCAAAAGUUUAGACCCCACUACAGUAUUGCAAAAGAUUUGGUCAAUCGACAACUUGGAGCGAGAACCUGCACAUGUGCGAGAAAGAUAUUAUCAGCUAGAGCAGAACAUCCUCCAAUCGAUCGGUGAAUCCAACACACCAACCAGAGUCCAUGCGGAAUCGGCGCUAGUGGACUACAUAGCACAACUUGAAACCUUUCGAUUCCUGGGAGACGAACGUUAUGUUGGAGUCAGCAAGCCAUCUUGCUAUUGCUGCAACAUGUACUUGGCACUGCAUCCGCUGCGACUGGUGCCGCGAAAAUCUCACAACAAUAUCUACAUCAAGUGGUCUCCACUAGUUCUUGAGACUCUGGAAGAUGGCGGAGUAGCCGUCACAGCAGCGUUCAAUUGGCUCAGCGAAUCCUUGUUGGCGAAUAUUCUACAGGCAGUAUCGAGCCCCGAUGACUUAGAAGAAUCAAUGUCAUGCCUGGACUCAACGACGGAGUUAACUAGCAGCCACUGGCUAGCCUCAAUUCUGGAAUAUCAAUCCUGA